AUGCGCCGUUCGCCAACGAUCAUAACUCCCCCCUCCCCACUAUAUCCCCAGGGUCCGGAUGCCUAUAGUCCGCUCUCAGCCGACGACUGUAAGUGAACACCACAAAUGAAGCGCACAUUCAGUGACCUCCGGACCCCAUUGCCUCCAGAUGCGCCAAUUUGGGAUCAACUAUAAAAACACACGAAACGAUUGUUAUGCGCCGCGUGGAGCGCAACGAAGCCCACGUGGUAGUCGGCUGACGCUGGCGGAUCAGAUUCCUUACUUGGAGAGCAAGAUUUCAAGGUGUAUCGAAAUCCACAAUGUAAUUGUGAUCUGCUUCGCUGAAGUCAGCAGAAAACUACAACAUCCAGCUCGCAUGCUUCCCAACGGGCAACUCCAAGAACACAGGAUUGUCAUCCCCACGACUUGUAAAAUCUACCAAACAAACGAACAAGUUGAACUACUUCCAUCUGAAGGAUGGUUAAAGGAUAGUGAAGCUGGAGUUACGGAGGAGGACUCCGGACGACCAGUUCCAGCAGUCGGCUGAUCUUCCGAACAGCAGUGUCAUGAUGGAGCGGACGAGACUAAGUUAGAGAAGAUGUCUCACGUAAAUCAGCCGAAGCGACUUCAACGGGGACUGCGCCAUGGCAUUCGCAGUCAAAAUGGACAAAAUAGGUCACGGGGACAGCGUUGAAGGCCUCAGUCAGAUAACUGAAAGCAGAAGAAGAGACCUCCGGAACACCUCUAGAGAGGCGAUCAUCCUAGACAACAUCUCUUAAUGCUGAGGUAACUACUUUAGAAACGAGCCGAAGAGAUGGGGUUAGGACGAAAGCACAAACACACAUGACUGAAGUGUCGCGGACCACCGUAGACAGCAUCACACCUCCGUCAGUGUAUGCUCCUAUGCCGAAUGCUCGCUGAAAGUCCAAAGUGGCCCUCGGUGAAAACUUUUAGGCCCGCCACAGGACCAGAACAUCCAACAUUCCUCGCUGAAGAAAGCCCUUUCAACUUCGAUCACUGUAACAUCACGCUCCAGUCCUGAUUUGCCCUUGCCGGACAACGUCAUACCCAUUGAAACGACAUACAACCAGAACACAGAGAGCAACUGCUGGCCGCGCAGACACAUUGCCGACUUGCCACUAACGGGCUCACGUCAUGUCGGCCGAGCUCAGGAGUAUUUAAAUCCCACACGAGGGUGGUGGAGAGCGCUGAAGCUGAUAACGAAUGGAGGGAGCCCCGAGGCAGAAACCUCCUCCUCCUCUACUGCGCAUGGCGGCGGCCCCCAGAGUUGGUUUGAUGACAAGGAUGAUGAAAUCCGGCGUCCGCUCUGCCGCCAAAACGACAGCGCCCUGGCGACAUCAGGUCCGACACUGAGUUGGGCGGUACUACUCCGGCGACAAAGCCUACCGCAGCAGAGGGCGGGGGAGGCGGUGCCACCUGAUUGGCUGACUCCGCAGACAGAAGAAGUCCAAGAAAGCGCAGACUGCGGCCAAAUGAAGAGCUUCAUUCGCGGCUAG